UCCUAGCAAUGUUUACGUUUUUUAUUCAAAUAUAUUAUAUAGCUUAUAUAUAUAUUUCCUCAGUCUGUCCAUUGAUCUUUCCUCUCCUCUCCCUAGUUGGUUGUGUCCCACAAUGCAUCGCGUUCACUCGUUGAAAUAUGGACCAAAGCGACAAUGAUCUCCAAGGAAGUGAUGGCUCUGGGAUUUUGGGUGGCCCAGACGUUCGAAGACGAAUACCCAUCAAACUCAUAUCCAAGCAGGCGAUAAGGAGCAAACCUCAGCCCCGCAUACAGAGACCCUGCAGCCGGCCACCUAAAAGUGAGACUGGGGAAGACGAUAACUUUGGGUUUAAGCAAGAGGAUAGAUUUGACUGUGGUUCUAAAGCUGGUGAUGUUUUUGCAGGUCAGAGGAGAUUUCCCCAGCAGUUGUUUUGGGACUAUAAGUUACAUUUGAUUGGCGAAAGAGAUGAAGUACCAAUUCACUUCUGUGACAAGUGUGGUCUUCCUAUUCAGCUGUAUGGACGAAUGAUCCCCUGCAAGCAUGUCUUUUGCUACGAUUGUGCUUUGCUUCAUGAGAAGAAAGGAGAGAAGAUGUGCCCAGGUCUGACCCUCUACAACUGCACAGAUCCAGUGCAGCGCAUUGAACAGUGCCACCGUGGAUCCCUUUACAUGUGCAGUGUUGUUCCAGGAUGCAAACGCACUUAUCUGUCCCAGCGUGACCUACAGGCCCACGUCAACCAUCGGCACAUGAGAGCAGCCAAGUCUUCCACAGGCCGCCAAGAGCCUGUGCACCUGCCCCCUUCAUCUGAAGUCCCUGAACGGUUCCGCGUUCCUCCACCUCACCUGCCUAAGAAUCACGUUCAUCUCCCUAAUCCUCUCCAGCAUAGCAGUCAUGACCCCUAUAGUCAGCCACCGCCGACCCCUCAUGAAGGCCCUCCCCCACCUUCUGCUAUGGGUCCUGAGACAUUCCGCAUUGCUACUGUAACAACACGCAAACACAGCAAUCUCAUCACCGUACCUAUCCAAGAUGACUCUUCUUCCUCUCGUGAGCCUCUUUCUAGUGGGCCACUCCCCAUUCAGCCCCCUCAUCACCACCCUGGAGACUACCCUGGUCAGCCACCUGUUGUGCCUCAUGCUCACCACAUGAUGGCGCCACCUCAGCAGCACUUUGGCCCACCACCACCACCUCCUCCUCCCAUUAGCCACCCCAUGCAACAUCCUCCCCAGGCUUCCGGAACUCCACACAUGGUGUAUAACCAGGCCCCACCUCCCCCCAUGGCCACAGCUCCUCCACCAAUCAAUACUCCACCAGGUCACAUCAUGGGCCAAAUGCCCCCCUAUAUGAACCACCCACCCCCCGGACCUCCGCCACAGCACACUGGGCCCCCUGUUAAUGCUCCGCCACCUCAUCACUACAACCCCAACUCCAUGCAGCAGUUCUCUGACGACCAGGGCACCCUCAGUCCCCCAUUUAAUCAGCCAGGGGGACUCAGUCCUGGGCUGUGGCCUGCUCCAAGAGGGCCUCCACCUCCACGAAUGCAAGGUCCUCCUCCCCAAGGCCAGAUGCCCGGACCACAUCACCCAGAUCAGAGUCGUUUCCGGCCUUACUAUCAGUAAACUACCAACUGAAUGAAGGGGUAGUCAUGUGUGUCAUCGUGUUCCAUACCACUUGUUUGAAAAAUGUGAUAGUAAACCUCAGGGUUACAGGAUGUAGGACUUUGAUUUUGAUAAUACUUACCUAAAGCAAAUGUGUGUUGGCGCUGCACAUUUUAGUUAACUGUAAUGGACUUCCCACUGAAUAUAUUCUAGAUUUGGUGCAGAGCAGGAAUGUCCCUUUUUUAAUAGCUUAUAUUUCUGUAUAUAUGUAGGCCAAAUUCAUGCAUAUGUACUGUGCAUUUAAAGCUGUACUAUGUCUCAAUAAAUUUUUAACAGCA